ACAGGGAGGGGCGGGGCGGACGCGAGCUGCGGUCUGGCGCUGUUGUCGCGAGCGCGUUAGGUGACCCGUGCUGUGUCGCGCGCAGGUAGGCAGCAGCAGUAGCGGCAGGGGCAGUAUCCGCCCUGUGAGGAAGCCAUGAAGCAGUACGAGGUGGAGAUUCUGGACGCAAAGACGAGGGAGAAGCUGUGUUUCCUAGACAAGGUGGAGCCCCAGGCCACCAUCGCGGAGAUCAAGAACCUCUUCACCAAGUCCCAUCCGCAGUGGUACCCAGCCCGCCAGUCCCUCCGCCUGGACCCCAAGGGCAAGUCCCUGAAGGACGAGGAUGUUCUGCAGAAGCUGCCCGUGGGCACCACGGCCACAUUCUACUUCCGGGAUCUGGGGGCCCAGAUCAGCUGGGUGACGGUCUUCCUGACAGAGUACGCGGGGCCCCUUUUCAUCUACCUGCUCUUCUACUUCCGGGUGCCCUUCAUCUACGGCCACAAAUACGACUUCACGUCCAGUCGGCACACGGUGGUGCACCUCGCCUGCAUCUGCCACUCAUUCCACUACGUCAAGCGCCUGCUGGAGACGCUCUUCGUGCACCGCUUCUCGCACGGCACCAUGCCUCUGCGCAACAUCUUCAAGAACUGCACCUACUACUGGGGCUUCGCCGCGUGGAUGGCCUAUUACAUCAACCACCCGCUCUACACGCCCCCCUCCUAUGGAGCCCAGCAGGUUAAACUGGCACUGGCUAUCUUUGUGAUCUGCCAGCUGGGCAACUUCUCCAUCCACAUGGCCCUGCGGGACCUGCGGCCGGCUGGGUCCAAGACCCGGAAGAUCCCGUACCCCACCAAGAACCCCUUCACAUGGCUCUUCCUGCUGGUGUCCUGCCCCAACUACACCUAUGAGGUGGGGUCCUGGAUCGGCUUUGCCAUCAUGACACAGUGUCUCCCAGGCAACCCAGACACUGAGGCCCAGAAGGAGAGGGGUGGCUCCCUCGCCAUCGCCUGCCAGGGCACGGCAAUAUCUCUUGAUGGCUCCCCCAGGGAUACCCUCCCUCCACGGCCGUCCGGACAGUCCCACUCUGCAGAGCCCGAGCUCAGGAACCACGCUCUCCUGCACCACAGAAUGCACUGUCAGCCAUUGCCCCCUGGAAGCCUGCCUUGUUACCCCCCAGGAGCUGCCCCCGAAAUCUGCCUCGUUCCACUAUCUUCCCCACGGGGCUGAGAGUUCCCUGAAGACAGUGCUUGGAUACCCCCAGUUCCCUGCUGCAACCAAGGUGCCCAAAGCGGAACCUGGUCCAGAACUGGCGCUCGAUAUGCCUGUGAUAUCUACUACAUUAAAAAUAAAAGCAUCACGCAGGAUA